CUGAAGUCAGUUUAGUUUCUGAUCUUGAGAGGAGCUGCAGGAACACCAGGGACGAUAAGAUGCCGAUGUCCAGCAGAUCUCUGGGAUGGUUCGCUGUCAUGAUUCUUGUUUGUUCAACCGCCUGGUGUCAGAACGACAGUCGUCGAGCUGUAACUGAGCACCAGCUGAUGCAUGACCGUGGUAGAAACAUCCAGAGUCUGAAGAGGCUGAUCUGGUUGUCCAGCGCCAUCGAGGGUCUCCACACAGCUCAGACCCGCUCGGCCACUCUGGGACCCUCCAAAAUCCUGAACUUGGCUCUGAAUCCGGCUCUGGUCCCGGCAGGUUCUGAACCCGGUCAGGUCCGCAGCCUCCUCAGAGACUUCUUUGAGCCGAACCUGAGCCGGCUGGAGAACCCAGAGAUCAGCAAAAUGGAGCUGAACUGAGACAACACAUGUUCCUGUGGUCCUGUUUGUACAAUAAAUUUACAACAACUAAACAA